CCAGGCUAUUGCAGGCUAUUGAAGCCGAUUUUGCUAAGAUUUUAUUUACACUAGUGAGUGUUUUUAAUCUUCAUUAUAAUAAAUUGUUUCGGACCACAGUGAGCACUAUGUUCUGUUUUAUCUUCUAUUUCUAGGCACCAUGGAUUCAAGUUUAUUUUAGGCAAUCUGUCUUCUAUACUGAUUGCUUUUAUAUAUACAUCCUUUUCUGAUUCACAGUAAUUAGACUAAUUCAGUGUGGAUUGACUACAUCAUCCUAUUUCUUUCUGUAUAUAGGAUGUAAAUAUACUAAUGCAUGUAUCACAUUUUCUAGAGACUCAAUCACAUUGUGAAUUUUAUUCAUUACAUUGUUUCUUUAUGCAUCUAGCUAUUUAUGUGAAUUUGGUUUUAAAAAUACACAAAGACCUGGUUUCUUAAAGUCUCAAAAAAUAUAAGAGAGAACUUUCUUUCUCUAUGUCACUUAUUGUGGACUCUUAUAAUAUGCCAAUGACACACUGCAUUCUUUCUUGAUAUAGACGUGUUAGGGAGAUUGCCUUUGUCACAUGCACAUGGUGAUGCUGCGUGUGAAUCUGAGUGUGUAUAGGACCCUGUGCCUUUCAGCUCUCUCACUGCAGUGCUGUGCAUUAGAUGGUUAGGGGCUGAGCUGCCACACUGGUCUCCCGAUUUCUCGAUGUAGCUCCGAUUCCUGCAGACAGGUAUAUAGGGGAUUAUUGGGGGGGCUCUGACCACAUCCUUGUACUCAGUGGGGUCAAACGUUGGUGAAUGCGGUGAGGAUCGGUAAAAUUAGAAGAUAAUGUAAAGGCGAGAGGGAGGGAGAGGUACAUUCAGGUGUAUAAGAGAAAUUGUGGUGGUUAUGCAGGUGUUUGGAGAAGGUAGUGAAUGUGUAAUAUUAUGGAAAAGCAAGAAUUGGGGAUGAUAUGUAAAAGGAUUCAUGUCUUGUUUGUUUGUUAAAAUUAUAAUUAUUAAUCCCAUAUGGAUGAAAUUGAUUGAGCAAUAGAUAGAUACACACAUGUGUUUACGUGCGUGUAUGUGUGUGUAUAUAUAUAUAUAUACAUGUAUAUAUAUGUAUAUAUAUAUAUAUAUAUACACACACACACACAUGUAUAAUGUACACAUAUUCUAUAUAUGUUUUUAAAUAGACAUAUAUAUGUAUACAAUAUGAACAUACAUGCUUAGCCUAGAUUAACCCUUUCCAUGUAAUGUUAUUAAAAUAAUUCUUGAUAUUGUAAUGUCUAAGAUUUAAUUGGUUAUGAAGCCCCCUCCCAUCUAAGAUUCUGGGAUUAACCCUUCACACUCCUUCAUGCAGGUCGUGUUCAUCAUAAGAGUCGCUGAGCGGCCUAUGUGGAUUUAAAGAAACAGCAUAUGCCAGAGUACAGCAUCUUGAAAUUAGCAUCUCCGCCAUAAAGUGUGUAAAAGGAUGCAGAAUCCCCCCCACUCGACCUAGAUUUAUAUACACAGACACCUGCAGGCUAACAUGCGUGUUGAAAAAAAGAGUUAAAUGACGGAUGGGAAGAAUAAUGCUGCCGUGUUGCCAAGUGAUGAUCUACAGAAUGAAGCUCGACUUCAAACACAUGAGACGCUGUGUUACAGAGAACAUCAUAUUUUGGUGAGAAGUAAUGAUCUGCAGAAAUAAAAAAUACUCUGCAGAAGGGAUUAAUACUCUUCACAUAGAAAUAAUUGACUGCAGGGUGGAGCAGCAGAUUACAAGAAGGAAAAAUACUCUGCAAGGUGGGGCGUAAUGCUCUGCUGGAAAGAGGAACCACUAGCCACUUUACCCCAAAGGACUUAACUGCUUGUGACAAUUACUUGUCCGAAAUGUGACCAUUGCUGAACGCAUUCCCCUUCUCUCCCUUCCUUCCCUCUCUCACCUCAACCUCUAACAUCCCCUUCACCUGUACUCUCUGCCCCUUAAUACCCCUCCCCAUUUCACAUUUUAACCCUUCUGUCUCUUCCAUUCCCUUUUUCUUAAUUUUACCCCAUUUUAUUCCUUCAAUAGGAAUACCUGCCUCUUUCCUUUCCCCUGUGAUUCUCUCAGGGCCUACCUCACUCAUUGGGGUAUGAUGGGUGAUGGUCCCGUGAAUAGGCUAGAGAUGGUGACCUUUUGCCUGGAUUCUCUUCAUGGAUACCUCCCUAGCCUCGCACAAUUGGAACACUUCUUUCAACUCUUCAAGGAACCCUUUUCCUACCAAUCCUCAUUAUGGGACUCUCUUCAUAAUGCUUCUAAUGGACCUGCUAGCUGUGGCUGGGAAUGUGGCAGUAAUGGGGGUUAUUAUGAAAACCCCAUCCCUCAGGAAGUUUGUUUUGGUCUUCCACUUGUGCAUGGUGGAUCUUCUAGCUGCACUGACCCUUAUGCCCCUAGCUAUGUUAUCAGGGAGCGGGGGACCCUCCAUUUAUGAAGGACAAGGUUUGGGGCAAAUGGCCUGCCGUGCCUACCUCUUUCUGAGUGUUUGUUUGACCAGCACAGGCAUCUUAUCCAUCUCUGCCAUUAACAUUGAGAGAUACUACUAUGUUGUGCAUCCCAUGAGGUAUCAAGUCAAGAUGACGAUGGGACUGGUCAGCUGGGUACUGGCUGGUGUCUGGAUCAAAGCCUUGCUGACCUCACUCAUUCCAGUGCUGGGCUGGAACCCACCGGCCCCAGGACACUGUAGCCUGCAGGGAGGUGGCAACAGUGUCUUCCGAGCAGGGUUCCUCCUUUUCUACUCCUCAUUCUAUUUCCUACUGCCUCUCACUAUCAUUAUUGUUGUCUACUGCAGUAUGUUCAAGGUGGCACGAGUUGCAGCCCUCCACCAGGGGCCUCUUCCAAACUGGAUGGACACCUCACCUCAGCGCCGACGAUCAGAAUCUCUAAGUAGCCGAUCAACUAUGGUGACAGGUUCAGGUGCCACACGUGGGACCCCUCAACAAAGGGUGGCAGGUAGUGGUGGGGGUAAGGCAGCUGCUGUUCUGGCUGCAGUAGGAGGGCAGUUCCUGCUGUGCUGGCUGCCCUAUUUUGGCUUCCACUUGUAUGCUGCACUGCGUUCCCCUCCUCCUUCCCCUGGAUCACGAGUAGAGUGGGCAGUCACAUGGAUGGGUUUUCUCUGCUUUGCCUCCAAUCCUAUUUUCUAUGGCUGCCUAAACCGACAAAUUCGUGGUGAAUUGGGACGAUGGGUAGGAUGUUUUUUCAAAAGGGGAAGUACAGGGGAGGAUGAGCUUCGGUUGCCCAGCAGGGAGGGUUCCAUUGAGGAAAACUUCCUUCAGUUUCUGCAGGGUACUGGCUGCCCUCCAGAUGCAAGGGCACCUUCCCGUAUCACUCCAAAGGGUGAGCCUCCAGCAAUAGACUUCCGGAUUCCAGGGCAGAUUGCAGAGGAAACCUCAGAGUUCCUAGAGCAACCAUGGGAUGUGACAGCUGUGAACAAAGAUUACACCAGUACAGGCCCAUCUCCUAAAAAAUGACCCACAAAACCUCAUUCUCACUGCUCAUGACAAUCUCCUAGUUCUAAGUGUGAAAAAAUGCAGAUCUUUGCCCCUUAACCUGCCUUCCCCUAAACUAGUAGGACAAAUAAAACCUAAGUCACAUCGUUGACUGUUUUCAAUAACCCCUCUACUGCAAUUGUAUCUUGUUUUACUACUUGUGUGCAUGCACACACACACACACACACACAUAUAUAUUUAAAAAAAAUUAAUUUGAAAGAGAGAGAGCAGUCUUUGACUCUCUGUUGUUAGAGACCACCACAGGGCUCUCCUUGCUCUUUGACAAGUCAUCUUGACUGUCAGAGCACUAUGAGUCAGAUGCUGGACAUGAAAGCAAAUGGAACCCUUAAGCUGUCUCUGCUGUCAGAAAUGCAGUGAUAGCUGUCUCUGCUGCUAGAUCCAGCCAAGGUGUCAGAAUCAAGAUUUUCUGGCUCCCAAAUCCAGGGUACUGGGCAACACACUCAUGAUAUCCGUGUCAGAGCCGCACAAUCAUGGUGGAGAAGAGUGUGAGAAAUGGAGGGGGAGGGGGUGGAGUAGGCAAAAAGAUACAUUUGUAUAACCAAAAAUUCUUGCACCAGUCCUGCUAGUUAUGUGUAUGUUUAUGUGUGGCUAGAUAUGUAUGCACUGAAGUAUGUGUAACGAGACAGCAUGUUGUGUGUGUGGCUAGCAAGUGGCUACUGAUGUAAAUGUGAGAGCGUGCAACUCAUUUGGUUUGGUUUGAGAAUGGUGUUGUUGACUAAAUAUUAUUUGUUUUGUGCAGCUAAAUAACUGUGUGCCUGUCUCUUAUUAAUAGAAACUAUUGUUAGACCCUUACAUUUUCAUUGAACUAUAGAGAACUAUGUCAAGUACUAAUAUACAUAUACACACACACAAGUUUAGAUGGAGCUGGUACUCCUGCAGUAUAAGGGUCACUUGAGUGCACACCACCAAACCCUAAAUUUUCUUUUUAAAGCUCAUUUAGUGCUUUUAAAUAGACGCCUUUGUUAAAUGGAAGGAACACUGUUUCUUCUGUACUAUUUUCUAUCUGAUAGCGAAAGUAAAUGUGGAGGUGCCACAACCGUAUAACCUCAGCACUUCAAGGCUGAGGAUCAGGGAGAAGGUGUGCACCCUACAAUUUAAUUUGUAUACAUUCUCGUAUUUCAUUUUUAUUAUUAUGGAAAUUGCGGACACCAAUCCUAUUUCAUAAUUCUUCCUCUGUUUAAAAUUGUCCUGAUUCCACACACCUGUAUCUCCUAUGCCUGAUUAGAUAUCUUAGCUAAAUUUGCCAUUUCUGGUUCCAUAUUUUUCACCAUCAUCCUAUCCUUCCUUAAAUCCAUUCCCCUCCCAAACUGCAUUCAAUUUGGCAAAGUGAGAAAUACAUUUUUAUGUGUAAACCUUAACCCUGGAGUGAGAAUAAAUUAUUUAUUACCAA